AUGGAGACCUCACCCUUGGCGGCUAUGCACCGCCCUAUGGCUGUCCCGACCUGGGGCAACAAGGACCUCUUCCGCCCUCGCCCUCACUACACCGGAGGACACAGCCUGCGCGAGCAGUUGCACCGAUCCAGCGACUACUUUGGCGUCAGCGGCUCUUCGCCUGCUGCCAGCCUGGCUGCCGACCUCUCCCAGAACUUCCGUCUGGACAACGAGGCGAGCCCCAAGUUCCCGACUCCUCGUCGUGCCUUGUUCACAUCCAACAUGAUGGGUGACGCCGAGUCGCGCGAUUACAUCGUGACGACCCCUCCGAUGCCCGAGUCCUCGCCCGCUGCAAUGAACGAGAUGAUGGACGUUUCGCCUCUCCCGCACAAGCUGCCGUUCAUGACCCAGAUCGAGAUAACGUCACCGACGCCGGGAUCGACUCCUACCACCGAGGACGACGAAAUGAUGUUGGACUCGCCAGCCCCCAUUCCUCGGCAAGCGUCGUUGGAGCCACCCAAGCCACUGGGAGCCGAACGGAGAAAGCCAGGCCUGCGCCGCCCGUCCUUGACUCGAAUGAAAGGCUACUCUACUAGUGGCGUUCCUGGUCGAUCCAACACAGACAACCAGCUCCCCACCUUCCGAUUUGGUGAGAACCGUUUGUCACAUAUGAGCAGUGCUCUGUCCUUGGAUGAAUGCUUCGAUGCCACUUCACCUCCUCAGGAACGACGACCUCAGACGGCCAACAGCCCUACUCCUGCCGUUCCCGGUGCCAUUCGUCCUCGUCCCCAGUUCUCCAGCCUCUCCGGUAACCGCAACAGCCCCUUUGGUAGCCAGCACCACCGUCGCCCCGUCUCAAACCCCUUCAUGCGUCCCCGCAAGCAGUUCCGUCGCUCUCUGAGCAUGUUCGAGCACCCCGGCGAUGUUGGCAAGGCCAAGUCAGAAGGAGGCGACUCUUCUCCUACGACCCCAGAAUCCCACUGCGGCAUGGAUGCCGACGAGGUUCAGGAGCCCCUCCUGCCUCACUUUUUGGCCGAUGACCCUACCGACACCAUCCCCAGGAUCACGAGAGAAACCAUGGUCGACCUCUUGGACGGAAAGUACAGUGACAAGUUCGACCAGAAGAUGGUCAUUGACUGCCGUUUCGAGUACGAGUACGAGGGCGGCCACAUCGAUGGUGCCGUCAACUACAACAACAAGGACCUCCUCGCCUCUCAACUGUUCCAGCACCCCAUGCAGGGACGAACCAUUCUCAUCUUUCACUGCGAAUACUCUGCUCACCGCGCCCCCAUGAUGGCCCGCCACGUCCGCUCCGAGGACCGAACCGUCAACGCCGAGCACUACCCGCAUCUUACCUACCCUGACGUGUAUAUUUUAGAAGGAGGAUACAGCGCCUUCUUCAACGAGCACCGCUGCCGGUGCUACCCUCAAAACUACGUUGAGAUGUCCGACGAAGCUCACCAGCGCACCUGCGAGCGCGAACUCGGCCGCCUCAAGAACCCGCGCAAGCAGUUCGGCAGGGCCCAGACGUUUGCCUUUGGCGAGCGCGAAUCCUGCGUCGAACAGUCCCCCACCGCGCCACCCAGACCUAGCGGUCUCAGACCCAGCAUCAGCUUCCGCCAAGAUCCCAGCACCAUGAUUGGCAACUCUCCAAUCUUGGGCGAACGUUGCCAUGCAAGACGCAUGGCUUCUUACUAG